AUGAGUGUUGAAAACCUCAACAACCACCAGCCAUCGGCUGAUCAAACAGUUUUAAGUUCUUCAAGCAAAAAUAAAAGAUCAAUACUUUAUGAUAAAACAUUUCUUGUUGACAUUGUUGACAAUAUAGUCAGCUCAAAAGUGGAAAAGCUCAUCAAUUCAUAUGGAGGAAAAAUAAUUCAAUCAUUAGAGAAGAGUACUGAUUAUUUAAUAUCAGAUAUAAUACAAAAUGAAGGAGCAAAACAUAAUACCAGUUCAGAAACUAAUAAUUGUAUAAAAGAUAUUGAAGUAAAAAAUGGGCCAUCUUCCAAAUGUAAAAAUUCAGUUGAUCUCAUUAAUAAAGCAAAUAUUUUAAAUAUAAAAAUUUUAUCCGCUAAAAAGUUUCAACAUUGGCUCAAGUCUUUAUUGAAAAAGCACCGUACCAAAAAAAAACCCACUGAUCAAGUUGCAAGUGUACUAAGAGGAAAAGUUAGUUUAAAAAUAGAAUCAAUGGAUCAAAGUCAACGUCCUGUAUUUGAAUUUAUACCUAAGUGGCCAGAUUUAGGUGAUGCAUUGUGUAAGAAAAAAACAAAACAUUCGGCUGAACAUAAAUAUAAUGGAGAUAGAAGUGGUGAUGAUUACUCUUCAGAUCAGUACAGUACCUCAGAAAUUGGUGGAAUGUGUGAACUGUGUGACAUGCCAUUUAUGAAUUAUAAGGAGCAUAUAAAUACAAAAAAACAUAUGAGAGAAAGUCAAGAUGAACAUAGAUUUCAUGAAUUAGACGAAUUAAUUAAGGAGAGGCCUUUAAAUGUUAUAUUUAACCAAUUUAUACCCGAUAAGUCUGAUAAGAAAAUUAACAAAGAUCAAAACUCAGCUCAGAAAACACCUAAUCUUAAAAACUGCAUAGAAGACACAGUUAUUACAAUAAUUGAUUCCGAUUCAGAUAAUGCUGAACAAAAUAAUGGGCUUUGUUUGUUUGGUGGUAAAGCUCCAAUUGCUUUUAAAGAACAAGCAUCAGAAAGUUUAAAGAGAAAAUACCAAUAUUCUGACACCGAUAUUUCUUUUGUACCUCAAAAAAGACCUAGUAAGUUACAUUCACCAAUACAUGAUGAAAUUAAUUUUUAUAAAAAAACCAAACGGAAACAUAAAACACAUCAAAAGUCAUUGUGUAAGGAUAUAUAUAAAGUGGAAGUUGUAAAUAGCCAUCCAUCAAAUUCAAAUAAUGAUAAAAUUGCAUCCGAUAAACCACCAGUUAUAAUACGUAUCAAGAGAGUACAAAAUUCAAAAAACAUAUGUCCUUCAAGUGAUGUUGAAAGUCAUAUAACAAUAUCAUCAUCAUCAUCUUCAUCUUCAUCAUCAUCAGAUGAUGAUUAUGAUGAAGAUAUCAAUGUGAAAAAAAUACCAAAGGAGACUAUACCAGUUCAUAGAUAUAUACGUGUUGUCAGAAAACCAAGUUUUAGUAAUAAAACUGAAGUUACACCUACAAAAAGCUUCACAGAGAGUCAAAUAUUUACAUUUGAACAUCCUGAGUUACGUCGAAAUAUUUAUAAGAAUUGUUCUUACUAUCCUACCUACACCUGUAUCCCUGACACCAAGUCUAGUGUUGAAUACAUUCAGGAGAAGAUAGAAAAUUUAGGUAAUCCUAGCUUAAAAUGUACAUUGUCAUUUAAAGAUUCUUUAAAAGUCAUGUCUAAUAUGGAACCUAAAAAAAUUGGAGAAUGGUUUUAUAAUAUUCCCAAAAAAAUUCAGGAUAACUUAUCAUUCAAUUCCUCAUCAUUAGUUCCACUUACUGAGUUGUCAAAAAUUAACUCUUUUGUAGUCCCUAAACGGAAUGUUAACAAAAGUUCAUCAUCCUCCAGUUCUAUUGAAAUAUUGUAA